CUAGCAAGCCAGCCAGCCAUCGAGCUCUUUUUUCGCCCGCGCCUCACAAGUCAGCGGCAUCGCGCCCUCGGCUGUCUCACGAUUCAUUCGCCUCGCGGGCGCUGCGACGGCAGAACUCCUGAGCCAUACCUAUACAAGCAGCUGGAGAGCUAAGGACUGGCCGCAGCCGCACGCCGUCGAGCUCGAACCCGUGAGCGUCGAGGGGCCCAGGCCACGCCAUGGCCGACGACGCGAAGGAGCCCGAGGAGGCGCCCGAGGAGCGCGAAUGUAGAAUUUGCAGAGGCGACGCGGAGCCCGGGAACCCAUUAUAUAUUCCCUGCGACUGUCGAGGGAGCAUACGGUACUGCCACGAGGAUUGUUUGGUAAGAUGGCUGGAUCACAGUGGAAAGGACCGCUGCGAGUUGUGUGGGGUGGAAUUUGCCUUCGCGCCCGUGUAUGCGGAAGGCGCGCCUGAUAGAUUACCGAUGUCUCAAUUAAUAUCAGCAGGAUUGCAGUACAUAUACUCAUCUUUACUACCUUUGGUGCUGAGGAUCUGCGCCUCGACCCUCCUGUGGUUGGGAGUAGCUCCAUUAGCUACUUGUAUGUUAUACCGAGCCUGGAUCCACCGACCGUCAGAGUUACCGGUAGCUUGGUCCGGAGCUCGAUUGCUCGAAGAGCUCGCCUCAGGACUCGUAGUAGUCGCCGCCAUCGUCGUCUCCUUCCUCUCGUUACUCAGUUUCACGGACUACAUGAGAGUCCGGUGGGAGAUCGCGGACCUCCAACGUAAUCUUGAUGAUGAAGUCCACGAAGAGCACGAAGCACCUCAUCAUGAAGAGCCGGUUGUGGAACCGCCACCGCCUUUGAUGGAUGACGAGGAGGACGACGACGACGAGGUGGAGUUGCACGUCGCCGUCGACGAAUUGUUAGGUCUCCGAGGGCCCCUAGUUAAUGUCGCGCGAAACGUCUCUUGGCUCGUCGUGUUCAACGCCGCGUACCUGGGCGUCUUCGCCUUCGCGCCGUUUGCCGUUGGUCGAGCGGUUUCGAGGGGGGCUUCUCGGGUCCUGGGUCACGCUUCUGCAGAAGAUGUUUUGAAUACAACGCAAGUCGACCCGGCGCGCGCGUGGGCGUCGCAAGUGGUCCGAUUCGUGGCUUCCGGUUUGAAUGCGACCGCGAACGGCGAGUUGCGCUACCGACAAAAGCCCGGGAGCCUCUCGCCGCUGCCGAGGCCCGAGCGGCUCCAGAACUGGUCGCGGCACCUGGGGACCUUCGCCGACCGGCUCGCGGCGCGGUCUACGUCAGCAGUGCCGCCGCCGGCUACUCUCAGAUUGAGUGAUCUGGGACGGGUCGCGCUCGGGUAUGCGGCUCUUGGGAUCGUCGCGUGUCUCGGCAGGGAGUUAUUCCGGAGCGCGCCUUCGGCUCUGAGAGCGCAGCUGCCCGUGCGAGCUUUGAGGAGAGCGGAACGAGCCCUAGACGCCGCCGCGGCCGCCGCCAAGGUCUCGAUGGUAUUGGCGCUGAAAAUGAUUAUUUUACCGACCGUGCUCGGCGCCGGUCUGGAGAUCGCGAUCAAGCCCGACCUGGCGCAGGUGCGGGCGCUGGGUGGAGGGGCCGCGGGGGCGGCGCUGGCGCGGUGGGUGCUGGGGAUCACGUUCAUGCUCGUGGUCACGGUAUGGAGCGGCGUCCGAGUCACUUCGCGCGAGGGCGUCGCGUCGAUCGCGCCGAUGGCGUCGCGGCGAUGGCACCGAUGCCUUCUGACGUCGCCGCGACGACGCAGCGUCGAUGGCGUCGCGACGAGAGCGCCGCCGCCGAGACGCCAUCGUCACGUCUCUCCACACAGGUCGCCGUCCUACAAUUGCGCGAACAAUUACACCCCGCCGUUUUAGGACAGUGGGUGCGGCCCCACGAGCCGAGACCGGACCUCCUAGCUGCUCUUCUGGCAGAACCGGCACAACAACACGCGAGGCGUUUACUCACCUCAUUGUUGAUCUACGCCGGACUGCUGUUCGUCCUCGUGGCCGCGCCCGUCCACCUGCUGGCGCCGCUCGUCGAGUACUACGGGCCUCUCAACCUCAAGGUCUCGUAUGCGGCGCCGGCCGCGCAAAUACCCCUCGAGCUCUUAUGCUUCCACCUCGCUUUACUGACGCUACUCGAACGCCUCAAAAAACGAAUAGGCGACGGCCAGCGCUGGUAUUUAUCGAAACUUUGUCAGAAGUUGUCCUUAGAGACGUAUUUGUUACCAUCAGAUGGGCCGGAGCUCGACGAAGCCACGCUAGACGCCCACAACGCCUUCGACGCCGCCGCCGCUGCUGCUGGGAGACAAAGAGCACCCCCAGAGAGGUGGGCCUGGGGGGAUGAACGGCCUUCUUUACGCGAAGUGCGACUGCGGCCGCGGGCGCCGCGGCCCUCUUCCUCACGGUUAGUGCUGUUCUCGCUGGUCAGCUGGGCCGGGUGCGUCCUGGCCUGUACGACCAUAGCGCUCCUACCGCUCUUGCUUGGGAGGCUGGCUCUACGACUGCUACGAUGCGAUCCGGGCCACGACCCCGCGUCGUUGGCGGCCGGCUGGGCCCUGGCGUUGUUCGCGCUGGGGCCCUGGCUGGAAGGGCGUAGACGGCAUGUGGAGCCUUCACCAAAUGACGCUCCAGUCCGAGAGAACGUGCUCUCGGGUGUCGCGUUUGUGGUACUCUGGUUUCUGGUGCUCCCGCUCGGCACGGGCCUGCUCUACGACGUAUUAGUCUGCACUCUUGAUGGAUCGUACGGCUACGACUUCCUCCUGGGUGUUAUAGUGUUACAGAUUACGGUCACAGCUAGAGCAAGGUGCGCGGCCCACGCGAUCGAGCAAGGCAACGAGAUUGACAGAUGGAGCGGUGACGCUCUGAAAGCGCGGUCUCAGGUAAUAGCCGCUCUGUCGGAACGGAGUUUCGCGCCCAUCGAUUUUCGGAUAUUACUGCACCUGUCUCUGUGCGCACUGGGCGCUCUAGUUGCUCUAGCAACGGCGCCGCUCUCGAUACCGCUCUACUGCGCCUGGAAGGGCACGGAGGAGUGCGGCCACACGUUUGCGCUCCUGGGGGCCGCGGCGUGGAGCGUCGCGGCCUCCUCGGCCCCCCCUGCUUUUGAUCUCGCGACGUACCGCGCUAUGGUCGCGGCGGCUUUGGGCGCGACGGCAGCGGCUCGGGGGCUCGGGCCGCUCAAGCGAUGGCUCGACGCGGCGCACGGGGCCGCGCGCGACGCGCGGUAUUUGGUGGGCCUGCGGCUGCAGAACCACGUGGCUAAGUAGGCCUGUUUUA